AAGCAAUCUGGCUCUGUGGCACUUGUUCUUCAGGUAAGGGCAAGCUGGGAAGGGAAUACCUGAGGAUCCCCACCAUGGAUCCCAAGGAAGUCAAGGAAAAUGACUUUAAAGGAUUUAAAAGGAGAAAAGGCCUCUUCCUUAAACCGAAGAUGUACCUUGAAAGAAGAAAAACAGACACUAUUGUGGCUGAGGACAACUCCAAAGGGGACAUAAAUAUAGGAACGCUGGUAAGAAGAAGCCAGUCAGACAGGACAGAAUACAGCAUAAAACUUAAAGAGAAAAUGGCCCCUCAGGAGAGAUCUGCGCCAGCCUCCCCUGCUUCUCCAGCCCUCAAUCCAGAGGAAGUGAGGUUAAGAAAAAUGUCAAGAAGGUCUAAAGUCAUCAAUGAACUAAUUCAGACUGAAAAAGACUAUCUCACUGACCUGGAACACUGCAUCAAAGAGGUGGUUGAGCCUUUGAAAGAAGCACAGGUGGUGGAUGUGGACCGCCUCUUCACAAACAUCGAGUCCGUCCGCAAGGUGUCAGCUGAGUUGCUCAGUAGGCUGCAGGAUGCUACUGAAGAACAAGACCCCGAAACUCAGAUAAUAAGUGAAACCUUCAUACAGAGCAAAGAGGCAUUAGAGGAAGUCUAUAAAAUCUAUUGCUAUCAACAUGAUGACGCCAACAGUUUACUCAAGUCCUAUGAGAAAGAUGCUGAAAUUCAACAGCAUUUCAGAACCUGUAUAUCAUCCCUGAAGUAAGCCCCAGCAGAUUCACGUUCUGCUAGGAAUUCCGUUGUGAAGUUCAGCAGAUAAGAGUUACCAUAAUGUCAAUGCAGGCAAGCGGGAACUAAAUAAAAGUGACAAUGUAGUGAUGUCAUUAACUUGUCAGAUGGCACAGGUCUGUGGUACAACAAAAUAAGGUCGCAGCAGACUGAAGAGAAGCUAAAGUAAAUCUUUACAUGUUAAUUUAUGUGGCAUAUUAUUUGAACUGCUUAAGUGAAACAAACUCCUGCUCCCGUAAACAACCCUGAACUGGAUGAAGUCAGAAAAUGGAAGGAUUAUUUGAACUACACGAUUUACUACACAAACUACAUUAUUUGAAUUACUUUUGAUCGGAUCUACAGUACUCAGGCGAGCAGGAGUGUGUGAGGUUAGGAUCUAAGCUUCUUCUCAAAGUUAUUCUUCUCAUACAAUUCCAUGUGUCAUACUUUCUCUGAUGCUAUUGCACACCUA